AUGAAGUUCUUCAUCGCCUCUCUUCUCUUCGCCACUGCCCUGGCCAUGCCCACUUCCGAGGGCAAGGUCAAGGGUAGUGAUGAUGACUCCGGAAAGACUGUUUGCGACAGCCACCAGACUGUUGUCUGCAGCAACAACGGAAACGGUGGUCUUCUGUCCCUCGGCAACUUGCUCACCGGCCUUCUGGGCGAGUCCUGCUCCGGCGGUGACGUCUACUGCUGCUCGCAGAGCGACGUUGAGCAGACUGGUCUGAUCAACCUGGAUCUCAACCUCCAGUGCAGUCUCAACCACUUGCUUUAA